AGACCAUAAGAGGAUCACACUACGUGUGUACCUCUUAGUUUGUAUAUAUAAAGUGAAAGGGCAUUUGGGUGAUAAAUUUCAUUAUCCCCAAAUUACCCUACUCAUUUCUUCUCUUUUUAUUAAAAAAAUAAUUGUUUUUUAUCAACAAUUUUUCACUAUAUUUUUUUUCUAAAAUCAUAAUACAGAGGAUACCAUUUCUAGAAAAAAAAAAAGUAGAUAAAUCAAGCAUAAUAGAUUUUAUAUUGCUCUUAGCUUGUUUAAAUAAAUGGAAGGUGCAAGAGAUAUGAUGUGAAUACGCCAUCGGAUUCGAAUUAUUUUCACGUAGAUUUAUGAUAGUAAAAUAUUAAUUGCGAGUAUCGCAAGGUCUUUAAAAUAAUAUCGAUUAGUUAAUUUAACGUGAUUGCAAUGAUUAAAUAAUAGGGAAAUUAGUCAUCUCUUAAUUUUUUACAAAUUUAGUGAAUAAUAAGUAGUACUACUAUAUAUUCCCUCAAAAAAAAAAAAAAAAAAAAAGUAGUACUACUAUAUAUAUUCUGGGUUCCAAUUCUUUAUCAUCAUCAGUUAAAAUCAUUUUAAAAGUGCAAAAGAAAAUCAUGGCGAAUCACUUACUUUCGUUCACUUUGAAGUUUGCUCUCUUAGCAUUUUUUAUGCUCACUAUGGCUGGUCCUAUGCUCGGCAGGUUGCAACCAACCACCGAGACAAACCCGGAAGUUAUGAAGGCUAUAAUACAUGAACUCGGAAAGGAACAACUUGCUGCUUAUUAUGGCUUGGACGAACCAAAGCUGGCAAUGGUCGUAGAGCCGUCCCCAUAUUGCAGCAGGAAAUAUGGGCUUUGUCGACAGUCGUCAGAUUGUUGUGAAGGCCUUACGUGUAAGCGGAUUAAAUAUCCAGAUUGGGCUUGCUCGUAAGAUCGAUUGCAUUGCCAAUGGUACGGUACUUGGGAUCGGAGUAUUUCGAUCUAUAGUUGAUGUAGUAGCUUAUUUCGAAUUUGUAGUGUGAAUGAAGUCUUGUGUUAGGACAUAUGAGGGUGAGUAAUGUAUCAUAUACGUGCUCUAUCUUAUUCCUAGCAUGACAAAAGUACUAUCUAACUAGCUAUGUGUUGUAUUUUGUAUUUGAUACGUACUUAGCUUGAAUAAACG